UGCUUGCGGCUGGUGCAAAUGUAAGCCAAGCAGAUGAUAAUGGUUUGGUUCCACUACAUAAUGCUUCCUCAUUUGGUCACGUUGAUGUGGUGAAAAUUUUGUUGGAAAACGGUGCUGAUACAAACGGGCGUAUAUUAUGUGACAACUGA